AUGGCCACGAUAAAUCCUCCAGGCGACCACCACCACCACCUCGCACAGACUCCCGCCCCUACAGGCAUCUCCGCCUCCGCUCUCACCGAUGACAAGCAUCAGAUCUCCUUCCAGUAUGCCAACGAAUGUGAUCUAGAAAUACACUGCUCACCUUUUGGAUUGAGUGGACUCUAUAUCAAAGUCACAGGAACAAACCUCAUGGGAAUCGGCCUGGCUAUGGGCCUCAUCACAGGCAGCACCAAGGGACUCAUCCACUACAAUGAUCUGAACGACUUGAUAGACCAGAAGUACAAAUUGUACGUGAUUGUGGACGACGAGGGCAUGCUCCGGAUCGAUUUCACCAAGAUCUUCACGUUGCACAAGGACAAGCCCGAAGACAAGGACGCCAAGGACGAGGAAGAGGUACCUACAUUGAUUUUCCGAGGCAAGUGUCCUGAAGGCAGGCCUGACAACAUCGAGCCAUUUAUCGGGAUCUUUUCCUUUGAGAGAGAGGAUUAG